AUGGCUUUUUCUUCAUUUCUGUUCCUGCUAUGGCCGCUGGCCGUCCUCGCAUCCAUCACAAUUGAAGAUCCUUCGAACAUUAUCAACCCCGAAUUGUGGGCCACGGACAAUGCCAUCGUACCAGACUACAAUGUUCCCUUCGUCAGCUCCCAGCCCUCCUCUAUCAAGGCCAUCCACAAGGUCAACGGGGAGAGCAUCAGCUUCGACCACAUCUCCUGGUCUGCCCACGCAAAUGACACGAGCGUGCUUCUAGUUGCAAACGAAGCCGAGUUUAAGGGCUUUUACAUAGACAUCGUCAAGGAAGGGUACUCGAGUAACCUACUCGAUGCGAGUUUCUACGGAUUCAAUGCUGCCAUCAACGUGGCCAAUGCCUCGACAGCAACAUUUCACCAUGUCAACGUGACGGUUCACAAUGGUGCAGCCAACAUCUACUCCUACGGCAGCGACACAGUGGUCCACGUCAACAAUGCCUGGCUAUACUCUUCUGGCCCAGUCAGUCACGGGUUAUAUGCCAGCGGGAACGGGACGAUAAUCGCACACAACGUGGCCCAUUUCUCUGGCGGAAAGCGCUCAUCCAGUUUCUCGGGUGACUCGCCCAAAGGCGAUAUCUAUGUCUAUGACAGUGUUGCGCACUCAGCGGGCAUCGGAUCUGCGACGUUCUAUGCUCUUGGGACUAUUGAAGCGCAUAAUGUUGUCAGUCUCUCUGAGAAUGGACCUGUGGUCUUUUCUGAUGGUGCUCAAACUGUCACUCUGGUUAACUGUGAUGCGACGGCGGGACUGCUGGGCGGUGUUGCUAUGUUUAGCAGCGCCACACGGAUCAGUGGUGCGAAGUUAAACCUCACUAAUACCAAGUUUACGACUCUGGGGAAUACGAUGCCGGGACUGUGGUUUGGCAAUGUCAUUGCCAACGCGUAUCUAACUAACGCGGAGAUUGACACGAAGUCUGAUGUUUUGGUUGUCGCCAAUUACUCCCAGAUCACACAGGACUUUGAUUACUAUGCUGGGUAUCCCGAUAACAACAAUCUUAAACCGGCAGAGGUCACAAUCCAGGUCAAGGAAUCAGAUCUGAAAGGUGAUCUGGUGGCUUAUAACGGGAGCCUUAUCUCCUGGAGUCUGAGUGACUACAGUACCUGGACGGGAGCUGCCUAUUCUGGGUAUGGGAGCGUGAUAAUCGACAUCAGCCUCGAUAAAACAAGUACUUGGUCCAUGACUCGCGAUGCGACAAUGAACAAGUUUGUGGAUGCCGAUUCUUCUCUGAAGAAUAUUUAUAGCGGGGGACAUACGCUUUACUAUAAUGCUUCUGAAAAUGAGUGGUUGAAAGGGAGGACGGUGCGUCUUCCUGGUGGUGGACAGGCGAAACCGGCUGGGGAGGGGCAUGAACAUCAUCGUAAGGGAGGUCGUGCUUGGAGCGCUUGA